AGCCGCCCGCCUGCCCGGACCAUGUCUGCUGGGUGCUGUGCCAGGCAGGUUGCCUGUUGCUGCGGCUCUGCGGCCUGUGCACUAUGUUGCACUUGCUGCCCUGGGAUCAAACAGUCUACAAGCACUCGCAUCAUGUACGCCUUCUUCUUCUUCCUUGUUACUGUGGUCUGUGCUGUGAUGAUGUCUCCAACCGUGGCUAAAUUAUUGGAGGAACACAUUCCAUUCUAUGGAGAUAUCUGUGAGCACCUGAAGGCUGGAGAGAAGUGUGAGAAUAUGGUGGGGUACUCGGCUGUGUACAGAGUGUGUUUUGGGAUGACUUGCUUUUUCUUUAUACUCUUCAUCUUAACUAUAAACAUCAAAAACAGCAGAGGCUGUCGGGCUGCAAUCCACAAUGGUUUCUGGUUUGUCAAGUUUCUGAUCCUUGUUGCAAUGUGUUCCGGAGCCUUCUUCCUCCCUGAUCAGGAUACGUUCCUUCUAGUGUGGCGCUAUAUUGGUGCAUUGUUCGCUUUUUUCUUCUUGAUUAUCCAGCUCAUGUUACUGGUAGAAUUUGCUCAUAAAUGGAAUAACAAUUGGCAUUCUGGAACUGCACACAAUAAACUGUGGUAUGGGGCGUUGGCACUGGCCAUCCUGUUACUGUACACCAUUGCUGUGGGAGCCCUCGCCCUACUGUCAUGGUUCUACACCCACCCUGAGCAUUGUGAGCUCAACAAAAUCCUGCUGGGCGUCAAUGGUGGCCUUUGCUUAUUCCUGACACUUGUGUCCAUAUUACCGUGCGUGCUGAAACAUAACCCACAGUCUGGAUUGCUGCAGUCAGCCAUGAUCAGCUGCUAUGUCAUGUACUUGACCUUCUCUUCUCUGUCCAACAAGCCACCAGAGACAAUUCUGGAUGAGGAUGGAAAGAACAUCACAAUCUGUGUGCCCAACUUUGGAAAUGGUAUAAACCAAGAUGAGCGGCUAGUCUCAGUGCUGGGUGCAGUCAUCAUGCUCGGCUGCAUUCUGUACUCCUGUCUCACUUCAACCACACGUUCAAGUUGUGAUGCUCUGAGGGGGCGAUAUGUGCCACCGGGGGAAGAGGUUGCACGUUGCUGCUUUUGCUGCGGCUCCAGCAGAGAUGGUGACCAGGAUGGUCGGGUAGAAGAUCGGGGAGGACAAUCAGUGGCUUAUGAUGAAGAGGAGAAGACUUUGUAUAGUUAUGCUGGCUUCCACUUCAUCUUUUUCCUGGGCACAUUCUACAUGAUGAUGACAAUCACCAACUGGUUUCAUUACAACCACGCCGAUAUAGAAAAGCUCUUUACCGGCAGCUGGUCUCCCUUCUGGGUUAAGAUGGCUUCCUGCUGGGUAUGCAUUGUGCUCUACCUCUGCUCUCUAGUGCUUCCCAUUUGCUGCAACAGCGGAGGAUAUGUGGUGUAGAUGGACAGGACUCUUACCUGUAAUAAGAGGUUUCAUAUUCUGUUACGUCAUUUGUUACAUGUUCUUAAUCCAGUUACAUAUGCUGGAUUAAG